UUUAUUCUUGACAUGUAUUUUAUGCAACAUUAUGAUUAAUAUUUUAAUAAGACUCUUCUCAAUUUUAUUCCCACAUUUAAUAUUUUGGCUUUUUCGUAGGCUUCUUUGUAGGUUUAGUUGUAGAUGGUGGAGGAGUUGGAACGUAGCAAUAGUUUCCUUUAUGGCAUAUGAGUCCUUUUGGGCAAUCGUAACAGUUUCCAUGGCGUGAUUUACU